UUGCACUCGUAAGCAACCGGAGGGCAGGCUCGUCAUUGCGGCGGCAGUUCCUCCCCUGCCUCCCAACCCCCAUUGACGGAACCUUAUCUGCUCUCUCCCUCCCCCGGGACAGCUCCAAUCCGUGCUCUGCCAAGUCAAAGAAUCCAAAAAUCCCUGCUUUCCCAUGGCCGCCGGCGAUCUCCCACCCACCGAGGAGGCAACGGCAGCGGCGGCCGCGAAGGAGGAGGAGGCGGAGGAGGACCUGAUCGAGAUCGUGGAGGAAGUAUCCGGCCGGCUGGACAUCGCCCGGUACGUGGACCACGUCCGGGACCUGUCGGCCGGCGCCAUCGCCACGUUCGAGGGCACGACGCGGGACCACUUCGCGGGGCGGCGCGUGGUGGAGCUCCGGUACGAGGCGUACGCGGCGAUGGCGCGGCGCCGCCUGGCGGGCAUCCUGCGGGAGGCCCGGUCCCGGCACGCGCUGCGGCGGCUCGCCGUGGCGCACCGCCUGGGCCCCGUGCCGGCGGGGGAGGCGAGCGUGUUCGUGGCGGCGUCGGCCACGCACCGCGCCGACGCCAUGGAGGCGUGCCGGUACGUGAUCGACGAGCUCAAGGCGUCCGUGCCCAUCUGGAAGAAGGAGGUGUACGACGACGGCGAGGUCUGGAAGGAGAACCGCGAGUUCUUGGACAGCCACUCCGGCGCCGCGGCUCCGGCUCCGGCGGCGAAGGCGGGCGGUUGCUGCGGGAGCAAGGUCAGGGUCCAGGAGGCCUGAUGGCAGACGCCGGAUCGCGAUCGCACGGGAGUGGGAUCUGCGAGAUUCUCAGCUGUAUUCGAUCGAUCUCCAUGGACUUUUCUUUUCAAUUUUUGCUGAGAGAUACUGUCUGUAUACCGCAUUUUUGAGACGAAA